AUGGCAGCUUUUCAAUGGAUAACAGCCUUAACGGUGUUCCAACUGCUGACAAGCAGUUUUUGUCUGGAAAACGGUUUAGCCAGGACACCACCGAUGGGAUGGUUGGCGUGGGAGAGAUUUAGAUGUAAUACUGAUUGCAAAAACGAUCCUGACAACUGUAUAAGCGAGAAACUCUUUAGGACCAUGACGGACCUUGUGAUAUCCGAAGGGUACGCUGCUGCCGGUUACGAGUACAUAAACGUGGACGACUGUUGGUUGGACUUUGCAAGGUCGUACGAUGGUAGACUGCAGCCCGACGCCAAACGGUUCCCCAGAGGAAUGGCCGACCUAUCCGAAUACAUCCAUUCUCGAGGACUGAAGUUCGGCAUCUACGAAGAUUACGGUAACUUCACGUGUGCUGGCUACCCUGGAAUCUUGGGAUCUCUCGAGGUGGAUGCAUUCACGUUCGCUGAAUGGAACGUGGAUUUCGUCAAACUGGACGGCUGUUACUCACUGCCCAAAGACAUGGAUCAAGGUUAUAGUGAAUUCGGCUACCACCUGAACAAAACUGGCAGGGCCAUGGUGUACUCGUGCAGUUGGCCGGUUUAUCAGACCUACGCUGGAUUACAACCCAACUAUUCGGCUAUCACUUCGAGGUGUAACCUGUGGAGAAACUUCGACGACAUCCAAGACUCAUGGGCUAGUGUGGAAAGCAUAAUUGAUUACUACGGCGACAACCAAGACGUCAUCGCGGCUAACGCAGCCCCAGGGCACUGGAACGAUCCGGACAUGCUGAUCAUUGGAAACUUUGGUCUGAGCUACGAACAGAGUAAGGUGCAGAUGGCUAUAUGGGCCAUACUCGCCGCCCCACUGCUCAUGUCAACCGACUUGAGGACCAUCAGACCCGAGUACAAGGCGAUUUUACAAAACAAAAAAAUCAUAGCCGUCGACCAAGAUAAAUUGGGAAUCCAGGGCCGCAGGAUUUACAAGCACAAAGGAAUCGAAAUAUGGGCUAGACCGGUAACCCCGAUUUUCGAAAACUACUUCUCUUACGCACUCGCCUUCGUCAACCGCAGGACUGACGGUACGCCGUCCGACGUGGCAGUGGCGUUGCACGAAAUGGGUCUGCUGUCACCCACAGGAUAUAGAAUACAAGACUUGUACGAAGACGUCGACUACGGAGUACUGACUCCGCAAACAAAGAUCAAGGUCAAAGUGAAUCCCACCGGUGUGGUCAUAUUGAAAGCGGACGUCCAACAGAACUUGAUAAAGCAAAACUUCUACAAACCUUACAACCCGUUCACGCAAGUCUACCCGCUGAGGACGGCCAACGAUUUCGUGAAAAAAUGA